ACCACCCAAGUGCCUUUUAUUAAUUUAAUUCAUCUCACCAAGCAUUAGCUUAGCUAAACUUAAAACCGCUUAAAUGUUGUCAUCGGCUUGGCGCAGCGUGGCUACCAAUGUAGAACAAUAUAUGACAGCCGCCUAUUUCCGAGUUCAGAAACUGCGUAAAGUUGGUCUAAGAGGCAUGCAUAGCACAUUGGAGGACGUUAAUCUGGAGGGCAUGCAGGUGAAAAUCCUGCCGGCUCUGCAGGACAACUACAUGUACUUGAUUGUGGACAAUAAGACGCGCGAGGCAGCUGUGGUGGAUCUCCAAGAGGAGAAUGUGACGCUCAAUAAGGUGCUGACCACCCAUCAUCACUGGGAUCAUGCCGGGGGCAAUGAGAAGCUCGUCAAGUUGUGGGAGAAGGAGUUGGAGGUGUAUGGCGGCGACGAUCGUAUCGGCGCGUUGAACAAAAAGGUUCGCCAAGAUGACAGCUUUACCAUUGGCAGUCUCAACGUACGUUGCCUGUCCACUCCUUGCCACACCACCGGGCACAUUUGCUAUCAUGUCACCGCCGGCGAUGGAAACGGCGAGGGAGCUGUCUUCACUGGCGACACUCUCUUCCAGGGAGGCUGUGGCCGCUUCUUCGAGGGCACACCCGAGGAGAUGUACGAGGCGCUGUGCACUAAGCUAUCGGCCCUGCCGGACACCACCAAGGUCUUUUGUGGCCACGAAUACACACUGCAGAACAUGAGCUUUGCCCGCCAUGUGGAGCCCGAUAACGAGAGUAUACAGCAACGCAUUGAGUGGGCCAAGCUGCGACGUGCAUCUCAGGAUCCCACAGUGCCCUCCACCAUUGGCGAGGAGAAGAUCUGGAAUCCGUUUAUGCGUGUCCACGAAGCGUCUGUUCAGAAGCAUGCCGGAGGAGCAACCGAUCCCAUUAUAACCAUGGGCAAGUUGCGCAAGGAGAAAGAUAACUUCAAGGCCUAAGGGCUUUUUAUUUGAUAAAUUUAAAAUGUGAUUAUUGGAUUUUGUUGUGAAUAAAAUGGUAUUGUGAAGCUCA